AUGGGAAAAAUUUCCAAAAAUAAAUUGGACGAUGCGUUACGAACUGCUGCAACUGGUAAAAAAGUGAAUGUUGAUAAGAUGUUAACCAGUCUAUCAGCGUCGUUUCUCAAACAUUCUAUUGUUUUUGUACCAUCGAGUAUAUCAUCCAACGUUUCACCGGACUCGAAUCCAAGACAUAUAUUAUUAAAAGCGAACAGUGAAAAAAGGCUGCGAUCUUUCACUAAAACAAACAAAAAAAGUGUGCGAAGAGAAGAAAAAGCGUUAAGAAUUGCCAGAUUCCAGGAACCGAAUAUUUCGGCGAAAAAAAUGAACAACAGUAGUGAACAGCGAGAUAUACAAUAUAGGAAAUUAAAAAGCAAAGUUACUUAUAAAAGUAAAGAUGGUGAAAUAUUCGCAAUGAAACAAAUGUCAUUUGGCGAAAAUACGAAUGAUAUGAUAAGAACACGAAUGUUAUAA